AUGCGACCAGCCUGCCACCCGCGACUAUCAUGUCGCAAUCUCCUCUCUUCAACUCGGGUGCAAUCUCUGCCCUCACGCUCAUUACCCCGAAGCCUUAGCACAGCAACACGGCCACACACCCGUAUACAACCAAAAGCCUCAAACCCUCUCUACACAACCAAACGAUCCUUCGGCCUCCCAUCACUCUCCUCCUUCCUCCCCUCCUCACCAAACGGCAACAACAGCUCUCCCAAGCGCGUCCUAACAGCAACCCGCACACUCCCCUACUCACCCGCCCUCCUCUUCAAAGUGAUCUCCUCCGUCGAAUCCUACUCCCAAUUCCUCCCCUUCCUCAACGAAUCCACCGUGACAGCCCGCGAUCCGGAAACGGGGUAUCCCACACAAGCCUAUCUUACCGUUGGCUACGGACCUCUCAGCGAGACGUUUACUUCGCGCGUGGACUGUGAUCCGGUCAAUUGGAUCGUUGAGGCGCGGAGCGGAGCGAAAUAUGGGAAACCGGAUGGCAGCAGCAGCAGUGCCGGCGGCGCGUCGUCUGGAUUGAGUGGGUUCUUCCCUGGUGCUUCGGAGGGCAUCUUUGAGUAUCUCUCUACUAAGUGGGAACUUGUGCCUGCGGCUCCUGUUGAGGCACAGGGUGGACCGCAGACCAAGGUUAAUCUGGAGGUGCGGUUUGAGUUUCGCAAUCAGUUGCAUGCGACUGUUAUGGGGGCUGUGGAGGGGCAGAUGGCUAGUAUUAUGAUUGAGGCUUUUGAGAAGCGCAUUCGGGAGAGUCAUACUCGGGGACAAUAG